AUGACCACAGACAAGCCCAGAAUCCUGCUUAACAUUGACAAACUGCCAGCCAAUGUCUGGCGGCCCCGUGAGUACAGGGUGAUAUCGGACAGACAGGUGGGCGCCGACGAGGGCGCGCUGCGUGGGGCCAUCGCCGCGGCACUGCCAUCUUCGACCGCUGGCUACAUGCCCAAGGGCUUCAAGCGUGUGGGUGGACCAGACCCCAAGUUCGCCACCAAGUACAACCUCUGCGAGACCGCCAACGGGCAAGGCAGCGAUGCAGAUAGAGAUCGCCAGAACGUCGACAACUCUGAUCUCCUCGUCGCCUUCCUUGUGGACAAGCCCAUGACCGGCAGGCACGCGCUAUACGAUGAGAAGGGUCUCGCGCCCGCCAUUCCAUCCCUCGACCGCUUCCUUGAUGUCCUCUAG